GGUUAGAGAGCACGCCUCAGCACUUCAAGCACCUGAAGAUCUGCAGUCAGUCGCGGUUGCUGAUGAGCUCUGGUUUGGCAGUGGUUUGUGCUUGAAGGCUGGAUGUCUUCUGAAGAUCUGGACUACAGGACGAGGACGAGUUUUCAUUCAAACUAAUUCUCCAACAUGGAAAUAGAAAAUUUGGUGCAGAACAGUGCACUUAUUAAAGCCAGAGAAGAUGGCGGGAGCAAAGCCCGCAGCUGGAAAUGGAGGGAAAUGCUGCGCUUCCCAAACAUCAGCGAGUGCCAGGAUCUGGCCGCCACUAUCGAGCGGGAUUACUACAGUCUCUGCGUAAAGCAGCCAAUCGGCAAGGAACUCUUUCAGCAGUACUGUUGGACUCGGCAGGACCUGCAGAACUGCAUGAUUCUGCUGAGUGAUCUGGACUCGUACGACAUGCAGGCAGACGAGGAAAGGAUGGAAUUGGGCCUGAGCAUCGUCAAGAGAUUCCUCGCGCCGCAGUCCAACAUGUGCAUCCCCUUCCUGUUGAAGUUUGAGGAAACCUGCAAGCGGGAUGUGAACUUCGAUCCCUACGUCUUUUACCCCUGCAAGGAAGAGCUGCACAGAUUCCUGAGCCAGGAGCCCUUCAAACAGUACCAGAACAGCAUGUUCUUUGAACGAUUUCUGCAGUGGAAGAUGCUGGAGAGGAAGCCGAUCACGAAGAAACUUUUCAGACAGUACCGGCUGCUGGGCAAAGGCGGGUUCGGAGAGGUGUGGGCUUGUCAGGUACGAACCACAGGUAUGAUGUACGCCUGCAAAAAGCUGGACAAAGGACGCGUGAAGAAGAGAAGAGGCGAGAAAUUGGCUCUCAACGAGAAGGAGCUACUGGAGGAGGUGGACAGUCGAUUCGUGGUGAACCUGGCGUACGCCUACGAGACGAAGCACACUCUGUGCAUGGUCCUGACCAUGAUGAGCGGCGGAGACCUGAAGUUUCACAUCUACAACAUGAAGCAAAAACUGGACAAACACAGAGUGUGCUUCUACGCCGCAGAGGUUUGCUGCGGUCUCACUCACCUCCACGAAAAGUCAAUCGCCUACAGGGAUCUGAAACCAGAGAACAUUCUCCUGGAUGACAAAGGACACAUCCGCAUCUCUGAUCUGGGCUUGGCCGUGAAGCUAUCUGAGGGAAGGCUGGUGCGGGGGACGGUGGGCACAGUGGGCUACAUGGCUCCUGAGGUGAUCAGCGGUGAUAAAUACGGUUUGUGCGUGGACUGGUGGGGCCUCGGCUGCCUGAUUUACGAGAUGACUGCAGCAAAGCCUCCUUUCAAAGGUCGAAAAGAGAACGUGAUGAGGCAAGAGCUGGAGAUGAGGAUCACGAAAGAACAGGAGACGUACGAUGAGAGGUUCAGCGACGAGGUGAAGAACAUCUGCACUGCGCUGUUGAAGAAAAACCCCAAAGAAAGGCUGGGCUGCUCGGGUUCCGGAGGGAGGGACGUCAAGGCUCACCCGUUUUUUCAGGAGAUCAACUUCCGGAUGCUGGAGGCAGGAUUGAUCGAGGCGCCCUUUAAACCGGAUCCCAGGCAUGUGUACUGCAGCGACGUGCAGGACAUCGAUGAGUUUUCUACGGUGAGAGGGGGUGUUCACACAGAGAAGGACGACCAGUUUUACCAGAAAUUCAACACGGGAAGCGUUUCCUUGUCCUGGCAAAAUGAGAUGAUAGAGAGCGGAUGUUUCAAAGAGCUGAAUGUUUUUGGGCCGGGAGGAAAGCGUACCCCAGACCUUGUGUGGUCGGACACCGCAAACAAAGAGCCCAGUUCCAGACGGGGUCAACGGGGUCAACAGGGUCUGUUUCGCAAACUUUUCCACAAACGGCAUCCCUCAGACUCGGAUGUGGAGAGCAGACAGAAGCUACAGCCCAGAGAAGACGCAGCGAACCCAGAGUUCAUCAGCGCGACGCUCUGAAGGAAAAAAGCUUGUAGCAACGCUGCAAGAGAACAGUCGUUUUUUUGGCAGGUUGGUUUGGAUUUGCACUGCCCCAUCCUCCAAACACUCCAGCGCCUGUUCCUCUAAUGCCUUAAAGGAGAGUACUGGUAUUUUAUAUAGCUUCUGAAAGCUUUUUUCUAUCCUACAUGUUAGCGUUUGAGUUGUUUUUAAAUCCUAUUGUGUCCGUUUGAAGAUCUGUGAUGAUACAAAAUGAAUAAACUGAUUUUUUUCUGGUCA